AUGCGCUCUUGGUAUGGAAGGGGUCGUCCCCUCCAAGUGGCCAUCACUUCUUGUUGUCUUGUGGCCUUCAUUUUGUUUGGUUAUGAUCAAGGUGUUUUCAGUGGUAUUGUUGGCAACGAAGACUGGAGGAAGCAGUUUGGAUAUCCCGAUGACUCGGAGGAGGGUAUCAUUGUCAGCUGUUAUAACCUGGGUUGUCUUCUAGGGUGUUUGAUCAACUUCUGCAUUGGCGAGAAGCUUGGCCGCCGAAAAACUAUGUGGCUCGCCAUGGGCGUGGUCAUCGUUGGCGCAAUUUUGCAGACUACCGCAUUCAACGUGUCUCAUUUGAUCAUCGGGCGAGUAGUAACUGGUGCAGGCACCGGUUUGAAGACUAGCACAGUCCCAAUGUACCAGGCCGAGAUGUGCGAAGGAAAGACCAGAGGUCGUUUGAUCUCAUCCGAAGUCCUCUUUACCGCCGUUGGAAUUGUUGUCGCAUACUGGUUCGAUUUUGGUAUGUCAUUCGUGGGCGGACCGAUCGCCUGGCGACUACCCAUCGCCAUGCAAAUUGUCUUCGCCAUCUUCGUCAUCGUCCUGGUCUUCGGCCUCCCCGAGUCUCCUAGAUGGCUCAUGAACCAUGGCAAAGAACAAGAAGCAAUCGAUGUUCUGUGUGCCGUGUACGACCGUGAGCCAGACGAUGAGUUCAUUGUCAACGAGCGUCGAGGUAUCCUGUCGGCCAUUGAACUUGAAGAUUCCGUUAGCAAGCAGUCCUUCUGGAAGAUCUUCCGCAACGACGAAGUGAAGACUGGACAGCGAGUCCUUCUUGCCUGGGGUAUCCAGCUCAUGAACCAGGUCGGCGGAAUCAAUUUGGUCGUUUACUUCGUUCCUACUGUGCUCAAACGUAACGUUGGCAUGUCGAGCCAACUUUCCCAGAUCCUGGGCGGAUGCAUCCAGAUCAUGUUCAUGCUCGGCUCGCUAUUGCCGGCAUUCAAAUUAGACAGCAUGGGUCGCCGCAAGACCAUGAUGAUCGGCUCCUUCGGUCUCGGCGUAUGCAUGAUGAUGGUAGCUGCACUACUUUCUCAAGUCCAUCAGCCAAACGGAACAGCUUAUGCAUCAGCCUCCGUCUCGUUCUUCUUCCUCUACAUGCUUAUCCACGGCAUGUCCAUCAACUCCGUUCCCUGGGUGUAUGUGCCUGAGAUUCUUCCCCUGGAAGCGCGAACCAAAGGAACGGCGAUUGGUGUCAGCUCGAAUUGGCUGUGGAAUUUCACCGUUGUUAUGAUCACGCCGGUCAUUAUCAAUCGCAUUCAGUGGAAAGCGUAUUUGAUCUUCAUGAUCACCAACUUCCUUUUCAUCCCGAUCAUCUAUUUCUAUUAUCCCGAGACCAGCAAUCUGCGUCUGGAGGAAAUUGAUUUGAUCUUUGCUCGAGGUGGGAAUCCAGUUGAGCAGGCGAGAAGAAUGGCUGCGGAGAUCAAAGCCUAUGGGCAUCUUCAGCUUGAGCAGGGCGAGGAGAAAGUCGCUAGCAGUGUUGGAGUAGAGAGGGUAUGA